AAAAAAACUCAACCGGUCUUCAGUCUUAACGUUCCACGUUUGUUGUUAAGAUCCAUUGCUUGUAUCUAUAAUCGUAUGAAAAAUCAAGUUACAAAUUUUAAUAUAUUCAAGCCGAAAACAUGGAUAACAUUUUUAACAUGUAUAGCAUGGUUAACGUGAAUAACAUGGUUAGCAUGGACCUGGACCACCUUCUGCCGGACUUCUCCUUCGAUUGUACGAUUUGUGGCCACAAGGAGUUUAUGGAAUCCUCAGAUGUCGUCUUUCGCUGCAAACGUAGGGUGCAUUGCUUCUGCGAGUUCUGCUACAACACCGUCAUCAACCUGACUGGUUGUGAGGUAUGCAGGAGUGACCCGAAAUAUGUCAGAGAUGAAGACGAAAUCGACCUGGAUGCAUGUCCCAACAAGUCCAGGGGUUGCACCUACUUUAAGCGCGAUGGCUCAGAUCUAGAUUUCCAGAUGCACUGCGCUGGUUGCAGGCUCAGGAUACUCUGCUGUCCAUUAUACAAGUUGAACAUGUCUAGAUGCGGCUGGUGCGGUAGUCUCCAAGAGAUCGAGUAUCAUAUCCGUAUAGCCCACCCUGUACAUUAUGGUAAAAUAAUCUGCGACACCGAGGUCACAAUUCCUUUAAACAUAAACUGCGACGAAUCAGCCUUCUACUUUGUAAGAUACCAUUGUGAACUCUUCUACUACAAGCACAGGGUGAUUCUGGAAAACCGGAACUUCUACAUCUACGUCCAGAUGUUGGCUUCCGAAGACGAGGCCAACAGCUAUUUCUACCAAGUCAAGAUCAGGAAGAACGAGAAGACGUUAAACAUCAUGGAAAUGUGUCACAACGACAGCACCAGAGACGAUUAUAUGAUCGAAUGUGAAAAGUGCAUCAUUAUUCCGUUGAAAACUUUGAAGAAAUAUGUUGAGGAUGGAGUUAUAAGGUUCACCCUGAGUGUAUCGAAUAGCGCAAGGAAUUCUCUUUACCUAACAAUGCGUUGAGUUUGAUUUUAUCGCCGUUGUUUUUUUAUUUAUACUUGUUUUUAUUGUUGUUAUAUAUCUUUCGAGUUUGCUAUAUAUGAUGUUUUUUAUUCGGUUUGUAUCUUUUCUGUAAAAUUGUAAUUAAUGAAUGAACUUAUUGUUGUUUUUUAGUUUAGAGCUUUUUUUGUUAUAACUAAUUUUUGUUAGUAAUUCAAUAAUGAGUUUUUUAAAAGGAUAACGGGUUUUAAAAAAACAAGAGUUGGUCCUCAAAAGAUAACGAAUUACGCAUGCUGAAAUAUAACGCAAGUUAUUUUUUUUUAUUACAAUUUGUUUUGUUUUUUUCAUCUCCGUUAUUUUUUUAUUUAUAUUUGAUUUUAUUGUAUAUCUUUCGAGUUUUCUAUAUAUGAUGUUUUUUAUUCAGAUUGUAUCUUUUCUCGAAAAUUGUUACUUAUUCUUGAGUAAAUUUAUUGUUGUUUUUUAGUUUAGCGCUUUUUUUGUUACAAUUAAUGUCAGUUAGUAUUUCAAAAAUGAGUUUUUUUUAAACAGAAAAAUAGGUAUAAGAGAAACAACAGUUGGUCCUCAUAAGAUACAACGCUAGUUAUUCUAUUUUUAUUACAAUUCGUUUAGGUUGUUUUCAUCGCCGUUAUUUUUUAUUUAUAUUUGUUUUUAUUGUUAUUAUAUAUCUUUCAAGUUUGUUUUUUAUUCAGGUUGUAUCUUUUCUUGAAAAUUGUUAUUCUUGAAUAAACUUAUUGUUUUUCUUC